GAUGCAGGCGGGGCGGAGGUGCCAGUAUGGCUUUCGGCCGGAUUCUCUCUCUUAGAUCACCAUACGCUGCGCUUUCUCAUCCAUAUCGCACCGCUCAACCGUUCCUACGACCUCUCCUUACACAGCGCGCCAUGGCAACCCUUGAGAUCUCCAAAGACCACGAGAAGCUGACCGUCAAAGAUCACAAGCAGUACGAGACACCUGACCACCUCACGCCUUCGAACGUGAACCCGUCUCCCAUCCAACAAUUCCACACUUGGUUUGAAGAUGUCUGCAAGGCCGGUGUGCGCGAGCCCGAGGCAGUCUCGCUCUCCACUUCGACUGCCUCUGGCAUCCCGUCUUCCCGCAUGGUUCUGUUCAAGCAGCUAGACGCACACGGAUUCGUGUUCUACACCAACUACACUUCUCGCAAGUCUAGGGAGCUGCUCGAAAACCCAAAUGCUGCCCUUCUAUUUUACUGGCGCGAAGUGUCCCGCCAAGUACGAGUACUCGGCAAGGUUGAAAAGCUCACCAAGGAAGAGAGCGAGGAGUACUUCAAGAGUAGGCCUGUGGGCAGUAGGUUAGGUGCCUGGGCUAGUCACCAGAGCUCUGUGGUCCAGGAGGGAGAGCUUCACGAAAAGUUGUCCGAGAUGCAGCAGAAGUUUGGGAUAGGUGAGGGCGCGAAGGAAGGUGAUGUCCCUCUGCCUGAGUUCUGGGGUGGAUGGAGAGUAAUCCCUAGUGAAGUGGAGUUUUGGCUUGGAAAGCCAUCGAGAUUACACGACCGCGUUCGUUAUUUGCGCAAGGAUGGAUCGACAGAUCACCCUACAUGGCGAAUUGAGCGUCUGGCACCCUGAUAAUCAGGGAGUUACCAGCCACAGUUGGCUCGAACCCAUGUAGAUAGAUGAGUUCAUAUCUAGCUAUGCUAGACCCACACUUACUAGCCUUCGUCAUACUGUUCCAUGUAUCAUUGUACACUCAAUUAUCUUCCGCACAGAACUGAAGGACAGGCUAACGACUCAGAACGACAUCAUCAACCAGGCC